AUGGCGGACCUGGACGUUCUUGGCCUGUUUGCCAAGCGCGAGAGCAACCUCACCAAUCCGAACAAUGACCCCAACAUUGGUUCUGCUCGGGGAAACCCGUCAUCUACCUCGUCGGAAUUGGUCAAUGGUUUGGGCGUCGGCAACAGCUCGACUUCUGGAUCGGCCCUGCUGUCAACUCUCUGUCCGGCCCUGGUCAUCGCGGCGUUCUGGUUCGGUCUUUUCCUCAUCUGCCGGCGGACGCAACUGCGAUGGUAUGCUCCGAGGACGCAUUUACCCAACUUUCACCAUCAUGAACGGAGUCCUGAGCUACCGUCGGGCUUUGUGAACUGGUUCGGAGCCUUCCUGGAAAUCUCCGAUGCUCACGUCCUUCAUCACUCCUCUCUCGACGGCUACCUCUUUCUUCGAUUUCUCCGAGUCCUCUGCACCAUCUGCCUCACCGGCGUCGUCAUUCUCUGGCCCAUCCUGCUUCCGGUCCAUGCCACGGGCGGCGCGGGUAACACGCAGCUGGAUACCUUUAGCUUCAGCAAUGUAGUGAAUCCGACACGGUACUAUGCCCACGCGAUAAUGGGAAUUGUCUUCUACACGUUUGUAUUCUACGUGAUUACCCGGGAGAGUCUGUUUUAUGCCAUUCUGCGUCAGGCCUAUCUCAAUUCGCCUGCUUACGCGGAUCGGAUUUCAUCCCGAACCGUCCUGUUCAUGUCGGUGCCGGAGUCAUACAAAAACGAGAAGAAGCUGCGCCAGGUCUUUGGCGACCGCAUCCGCCGCAUCUGGAUCACCUCGGACUGCAAAAAGCUCCAGAAACUGGUAGAUGAGCGCGACAAGCUUGCCCUGAGCCUCGAGUACGCCGAGACGAAGUUUAUCCGGUCCGCCAACGCCGCUCGAUUGAAAGCGAUGAAAAAGCGAAAGGGAUCGGAGGUCUGUGCUGAUUGCGAGACAGGCGAGACAUCGUGGGCCCAAAAGGCCAAGCGGCCAACCCAUCGUGCGAACUUCUUUGGCGAGAAGGUGGACAGCAUCCAGUACUACCGCUCGCGCUUGGCAGUGGCCAUCAAGGAGGUGGAGGAACUGCAGCAGAAACAUCGCAACGGAGAAGCCAAGUACCUGUCGGCGGUCUACGUCGAGUUUCACACGCAGACCGACGCCCAGAUCGCCUUGCAGACCCUCUCGCACCAUCAGCCGCUCCACAUGACGCCGCGAUUUAUCGGCAUUGCCCCCAGGGAAGUGGUCUGGUCUGCACUGAACCUCAGUUGGUGGCAGCGGAUCGUGCGUAAAUUCGCCGUCAAGGGUGGCAUUACCGCGUUGAUCAUCUUUUGGUCGUUUCCUGCGGCCAUCGUCGGCACCAUCUCGAACGUCUCUUACCUCACCUCUGUGGUUCCCUUCUUACGCUUCAUCGACGAUCUGCCGGAGGUCCUCAAGGGUGUCAUUGCUGGUCUGCUGCCGUCGGCCGCUCUGGUGUUGCUGAUGUCGUUGGUGCCCAUUAUCUGUAGGAUCUGCGCGAGAAAAGCCGGAAUGCCAUCUCUGGCCCGUGUUGAACUCUUCACGCAGAGUGCACACUUCUGCUUCCAAGUCGUGCAGGUGUUCCUCGUGACGACCAUCACCUCAGCGGCCUCAGCUGCCGUCGGUCAGAUUAUUCAAGCGCCCAUGUCGGCCAAGGACAUUCUGGCUGAGAAUCUGCCCAAGGCGUCUAAUUUCUACAUCUCGUACUUCCUUCUUCAAGGAUUAUCGAUGAGUUCGAUUGCCGUGGUGCAGGUAGCCGGUGCCAUGAUGUUCAAAUUACUCGUCAUGUUCUUUGCGACGACGCCACGGAGGCUCUUCAAGCGGUGGACCCAGCUGACCGGUCUCAACUGGGGAAAUGUCUUCCCUGUGUUUACUAACAUGGGGGUCAUCGCGCUUACAUAUUCCUGCAUCGCGCCUCUAAUGCUAGGCUUUGCCUUUGUAGGACUUUACCUGGUAUAUCAGGCGUACCGGUACAACCUCAUGUUUGUGUACUCGAUCGAGGUCGACACCAAGGGACUGGUGUAUCCCAGGGCGUUGCAACAUCUCAUGACAGGGAUCUAUCUGGCCGAAGUAUGCAUGAUCGGGCUGUUCUCGAUCCGCGCGGCGGUCGGGCCACUGAUCCUGACUGCCUUGUUCCUGAUCCUUACUGCGCUGGCGCAUAUCUCGCUGAACGAGGCGCUGUCACCGCUGAUGACCUUCCUCCCGCGGUCGCUGGACACUGAGGAAGAGGAACUGCAGGCCAAGGAGGUGGAAUACGUGCCGGCGAGCCAGUCCCGCUGGGCGCGCAUCUGGAAGUGGUUCCACCCGAACCUGUACAAGGACUACGCCGACCUGCGGCGCAAGGUCCGCCGCGACAUCGUGCGGAUCGAGUACUCGGAGAAAGAGCUGCAGGACGCGUACUACGAGCCGUGCAUCACGUCGCCGACGCCGCAGCUGUGGAUCCCGCGGGACCCAGGCGGCGUGAGCGAGGAGGAGAUCCGGCAGACGAGCGCGGUGAUUCCCAUCUCGGACCAGGGGGCGCAUCUGGACGAGAAGAACAAGAUUACGUGGGACAAGUAUGGCACUGACCUUCCGGUGUGGGAAUGGAAGGUCCUAUAUUAG